UGAUAAAGUCAUUUUUGCUAUGUUAGAAGACACAUUUUUGGAAGAAGACAUCUGGGAAUACAAAUCUAAAAGAAAAACAAAACCAGAACAUCCAAAUAAUUGUUCUGAGAAUAUCCCCAAAUCUGUUCGAAAACCAACAGAUGGAAAAUGCCAGUCAAAACAAAAAGGAAAAAAACUAAGAACCAUCGAAGAUAAAGGGAAGGUGAAAGACCAUGAAAUAUGCCUUAAAGAAAGCCAGAGUAGUGUAGCUUCUAGUCAGAAUUCGAGUUGUGGAGAUGAUACUCAGUUGUCCCAGGACAAGGAGACCACUCCAAGGAAGCAGUAUAAAACUCAGAAAAACAGAAAAGUGUCCCCAAAGAUACGACCAAUUUAUGAUGGACACUGUCCAAACUGCCAGAUGCCUUUUUCCUCAUUGUUAGGGCAAACCCCUCGGUGGCAUGUUUUUGAAUGUUUGGAUUCUCCACCAAUCUCUGAUACAGAGUGUCCAGAUGGUCUUCUGUGUACCUCAACAAUUCCUUCUCAUUAUAAGAAAUACACUCACCUUCUCCUUGCUCGAAGGAGAGCUAGCAAUGAUCCUUUUAGUGGCUCAUCACAAGUACCAGAUGGGAGUUUCAGUGAGACUAAGCUAGGCUUUUCUUGUACCCAAGAGGAAAAAUGGUCUUUGCAUCAGAAACAAACUGAAAACUUAAAAAAAAAUGUUUCAAAUGAUCCCUUGUUGCUGAAACAGAAUCUAAAAACAUCUCAGCUUACAACUGAAACCAAUAAAAGGGUUUCCUCUUCUACAAAUACUCAUGCUUCCCGGAAAGCUGUACAACCUACAGAAUUUGUUAAGAAUGACAAAUUGGUAGGAGUUGGUUUGCCUCUUACUGGGAAAGAAUCAGAUAGCCAAACUACCUCCCAACACACAAAUCUACCAUUAUCAGGAAAUGACUUCAGCAGCUGUGAAAUCUCCUAUUCUCCACUUCAGAGUGAUGAGGAAACUUAUGAUAUAAAUGAAAAGUUGAAUGAUUCACAACAGGAACUAUUUUUUACCAAAAGUUCUAAAGAUGGCAGCCUAGAAGAUGACAACAGCACUACUGUGUUUAAAAACUUCCAUGGUCAGUCACCGAAGAAUCCAGAGGAAAGCUUCCCUAAAGUGAAUAGCUUCUUAACUCAAGAUAAAUACAGUGAAGGACUGUAUAAGUGCAGUGCUCUAAACGAUUCAUUUCGUUUUAUCUCCCAAGCUGAAAGUGAUAGCUCAUAUGAUGAUUAUUUUCUGUUGUUUCCACCUGCAUUAGCAGGAGAACUCCCUGCUUCUGAUUGUCAGACCACUAAAGCAAAACCUGAUGAGCCAGAAUUUCAGUCAUCUCAACCAGAUAAACAGAAACAGGCAAUUGAAGAAUCAGCUGUUUACAGUCAAGCUUCUCUGCCGUUACUCAAUUGUGACUUGUCAAAAUCUUUAGAAAGUCAAGGACAGUGUCUUUCUUUGCAACCAAGCCAAAGUAAAAUUAGAGAAUUAUCAAGUGAGAACUUCUGUGCUCAGAACAAUGGCAACUCAGCAUGUGUCUGCAGAAAGAUGUUAGAUGGUAUGACGGACGGUAAAGUUACACUUUUAAAUACAGGAAAAUGUACUACAUCUACUGCUGCUAAGUCUUCUAGUAAUAAAAGUAAUGAAAGACAUCUUAGCAAGGUAAUGAAGCAAAUGGAUAUAGGUGUAUAUUUUGGAUUACCACCCAAGAGAAAAGAAGAAAAGUCACCAGAGGAAAGUGCGUUAGAAGUGAAGAGCGUAAGUCCUAAUGAAAAGAGGCCCCGGCAGUGCAAGAGGAAAGCAGAAAAAUCUUUAAGUGAUUUAGAAUUUGAUGCAAACAAUUUAAAUGAAAGUCGGUUCUCUGUGGAACUGUCUGAUGAGAAGUCACAGCAUCAAAGAAAGAGACAAAAAAAGUCAAAUUCACAGGAAGGGACACAUCAGAAGAGGUCAGGGCACCUUAUUAACACAGAAUCAGAAUCUGGAGUCAAGUUAAGUAAAGAAAAAACCCUUAUAAAAUCAGUUCCUGGCAGGCAGCAAAGAGAGAACACAAAAGUUACAAAGUCAUCUGAUGCAGAGGAAUUAAGACGAAGGACAUGUCCAUUCUAUAAGAAAAUACCUGGAACUGGCUUUACUGUCGAUGCCUUUCAGUAUGGUGAAGUUGAAGGCUGUACAGCCUAUUUUCUCACACAUUUUCAUUCUGAUCACUAUGCUGGGUUGUCCAAAAACUUCACCUUUCCAGUUUAUUGUAGUGAGAUAACUGGAAAUCUAUUGAAGUGCAAGCUUCAUGUGCAAGAACAAUAUAUCCAUCCACUGCCGAUGGACACCGAAUGUAUAGUGAAUGGUGUCAAAGUCACUUUGCUUGAUGCCAAUCACUGUCCAGGUGCUGCUAUGAUCCUUUUUUACCUCCCUAAUGGGACUGUUGUAUUACACACUGGAGACUUCAGAGCAGAUCCGAGCAUGGAACGUUCUCUUCUUGCAGGCCGGAAAGUCCACAUGCUGUACUUGGAUACCACAUAUUGCAGCCCAGAAUACACCUUUCCAUCUCAGCAAGAGGUUAUCCAGUUUGCCAUCAACACUGCCUUUGAAGCUGUAACUCUAAACCCACGUGCUCUUGUUGUCUGUGGCACUUACUGUAUCGGAAAAGAGAAAGUCUUCCUGGCCAUUGCUGAUGUUUUAGGUUCAAAAGUGGGCAUGUCUGAAGAAAAAUAUAAAACAUUACGCUGUCUCAAUAUAUCAGAAAUUAAUUCUCUCAUCACUACAGACAUGCGCAGUUCUUUGGUUCACCUUCUCCCAAUGAUGCAAAUUAAUUUUAAGAGUUUACGAAGUCAUUUGAGGAAGUAUGCAGAGAAAUAUGACCAGAUUUUGGCUUUUCGACCUACAGGAUGGACCCAUUCUAAUAAGUUAACUUGCAUAGCAGAUGUUACUCCUCAGACCAAAGGAAAUAUUUCAAUAUAUGGAAUUCCUUAUAGUGAACACAGCAGCUACCUAGAAAUGAAACAUUUUGUCCAGUGGCUGAAGCCUCAGAAAAUCAUUCCUACUGUAAAUGUUGGGACCUGGAAAUCUCGGAGCACAAUGGAGAAAUAUUUUAAAGAAUGGAAAUUUGAAGCUGGAUAUUGAUGAUACCAUAGAGGACUCACACAAUUAAGUAUCUUGGGUGUAGCUUGUUAGUUGUUAAAUCUACAGUGAUAAUGAAAUAUGUCUUUAUAUAAACCCCCACUUGAAGAUUGCCCAGAUAGUUUUUUUCAUUUAUGUUUGAAUAACAUAUUCAUGGCACUGAAUGCCUCUCAGCAUCAUCAAAGAUAAAUGCGGACAGGCCUCCCUAGGAUCCUUAAUUUUUUUUGGUUCCCUCCAUGGAGAUGGUUACAUUCUGCACCUAGCCUUAGGGAAGGAAACAAAAGCAAGUUCAAGGACCAAAAGGAUUCAUGGCAAUGGAUAACUAGAUUAAAAGUAUUAUAUAUAAGUAAU